AACGGCCAUUUUUCACUCUCGUCUUCUUCAUUUAUCUCUCUCCUUCACACUCAGUACUCAGUACCCCACCCCCUGACCUUACAGUGUAGCAAAAAUGGCUACUCUUACUCCAGGUAUCCUCCUGAAGCUUCUCCAGUCGAUGAACACCAACGUUAGGGUCACCGGCGACCACCGGUCGCCGCUUCUCCAGGUGGUGGGAAUCGUACCGGCGCUUUCCACUUCCGAUUCGCUAUGGGCCCACCACGGCUUCUAUGUUCAGCUAUCUGACUCGCUGAAUUCCACCUACGUUUCCCUCUCCGACCGCGACACCGAUUUGAUUCUCACUAACCGUCUCCAGCUCGGCCAGUUCGUCCACGUCGACCGCUUCGUCUUUGACUCCCCUCCCGUCCCGCGCGCGGUCAACGUCCGCCCUAUUGCCGGUCGUCACUCCUUUAUUGGAUCCCCCGAGGCGUUAAUUGCCCGCGUUUCCGCGAAAAACGGGGGGUUUGUUAUUCAGCCGGUUUCGGAUUCGGAUCCGAUUGCGGCGUAUUUGUCGAGGAACGGGAGGAGCGAGAACGAGCCGAAGGGGAAUGGGAAGACUGAGGAUAAAAUUGGGGCUAGGAAAGUGUUUGCAGCGAAGGAGAAUGUGGAUUUGGAUGAAGUUUCGACUAAAAUUUCAUCGGAGAAGGCUCCGGUUCCUCCUAGGUUUUCGUCUCCCGGAUCCGUGAAACAGAGGUCAAUAUCUGCGGGGAAGAAAAAUGUGGCGGUGGUGGAGAGAGAUCCGUCGCCGGCCGGAAAAGUGAAGAGGUCAGCUUCACCGGCGCCGUCCAAGUGUGUUGUGCCAAGCCUCGUGGCAGCCAAGGAGGAGAAUCGCCGGAAUUCUAGAGAGCCGGCGAUUAUAGUCCCGUCGAGAUACCGGCAACCCUCACCGACAUCCGGGAGACGGCAGGCGAGUCCGGUGGUGUCUAGGAGGAUGUCGCUUUCGCCUGGCCGGAGGUUGUCCGGUGCUCUUAAGGAUUCCUCCGGGAAGAAGAAGAUAACCGCCAUUGCCGCCGGAAUUUCCAAGGUUUCUGAGGCCAUUGUAGGGUCCAGUAAAUCCAGUAGAAAGAGUUGGGAUGAAGGGCCAGCAGUCUCCGGUGGAUCGUCGGAGCACAAAGAGAAGGUCCCAACCAAGAAUAAACCUGAUUUGCAAGCAAUUCUGAGAACCCAGGCUGCCAUCUCCAGGCGUUUAAGCGAUGUAAGUAUUUGUCAAGAUGACGGUACAAAUGAUGAAAAAGUGAAAUCUACUGAAAGUUUUCCGGCGCCGGAGAAGCCUAACAUGGCUCCGGUCAUCCCUGUUCAUGAGAAGAAAUGGACUGAUGGCAGUGUUCCGCUGGAUUCACUCACUUCUGACCUUGCAAAACUGGGAAAGGAGGCUAUGCGAAGGAGAGUUGCUGCUUCCAUGGCUGCUGCUGAAGCUUUAGAGGAGGCUCUUGCCACAGAGUCCAUUGUAAGGGGUUUGAGCAUGUUUUCUGAUCUCUCUUCAAGUUCAAAGCCUGAAAACCCCUUGCCUACAAUUGACCGCUUCUUGUCAGUUUAUGAAGAUGUCAUGAAAUCAACCUCAGUUGUUGAAUCAAUCACCACUUCCCACUCCACAGCAAAACCUCAAGAAAACAUCUCCAUUGAUCAUUCCAAGCCGUCUUCGCUCUGGGUUGAAGCCGCCCUGGCCACUGAUCUUGAAGUCGUCUCCCUCCUAACAAACCAGAACUUCGAACCUCCAUCCACACUCGACAAGAACCCAUCCAAGAAACCUUCCAAAUCAUCUGUCAAGAAUCACAGUAUGGUUCCCUCUGUCUGGAUAAGGGGCCAGGGAAUGAAUGAGACUCUGGAGCUUGCAAAGAAGCUGCUCUCAGAGAUGGAGCUAUGGUUCCUCAAGUUCGUCGAAGAGUCACUUAAUGUUGGCUUUCAGGUGUUCCAGAAAUGCUCCCAAGCUGGUGGCCCAAUUGCAGCCAUUCUUUCACAGCUGAAGCGCGUAAACGGCUGGUUGGAUCUCAUAUCCAAGAAAGAUGAAGUGUUGGUGGAGAAGAUUGAGAACUUGAAGAUGAAGAUAUAUGGAUUUGUGAUUCAGAAUGUAGGAACAACAGUAGAAAAUGCAGCAUCAUGUUGAGCUUGUGUCUUUUGAGGUACCAGAGACCAAAUUCUUAAUCCCUGUCUUUUUUUUUUUUAACUAUAUAAUGCUACAUAGUAAUGUGUUCUCCA